AUGAAUUAUGUAAUUGCCAAUCCUGAAAAAUCAUCCCAAAUUUUUGAGGAAAAAGAUGUUGAUAUAACUGAUGUUAAGUUUAACAAUCCUGACAAAGAGUACAAAAUUCUGGAUGAUGGAGAGUACAGCAAUACAGAUACUUUUUCUAACUGCCCAGAAACUCCUACCACUAAUACAACUGAAAAUAAUGAUAAUCACGAAACACAUGACUUUUGCCUUAACGAAUUUGCAAUGAAUUAUGCAAAGGAAUAUGCAACUUCAAUGGUUACUGAUUUUGAAAAAGAAGAAGUACAUGUGGAUUGGUUUAGAUCUGACAUUAAUAUACAAUCAGAGGAUGACGCUCAUAAACGCGACUUAAAAGGUACUGUUUCUAUUAAUAAGAGCUGGAUACACCUACAUCAGUAUCUUUUUUAUGGCAAUAAUAAGUAUUUUGUUAAUAAAGGUGGUUGUAAACAUCAUUCCAAAAAGGUUAUAGGACAUAAUGUGCAAGUUUUAUGCUCUGGCUUAAAAGAAUGUCUAGAUGUCAUUUUUUCUAGCGAAAAGGCAGAAAAGCAAAAUCUUUUACUUGUAAUGACAACCAAUUCAGACCAAUUAACUAAAGAUAUUUUACAUAAGGAACUUUUAAAAACCAUUGUUAAUUUUUUUGAAAGAAAGGCAGAAGUUUCAAAGGAAUGUAAACUUGAUGAAUCUCAGGUAUCGCUACAAAAAAGACAAGUUCCUAGUUAUAUG